AUGUCCAACGAGAAGGGCAUCCACCCAUACGACGACCCCGAGAAGGUCGACACGCGCGCCCCCGAUGCCGAUGCCAUCGUUCUCUCCCAGGUGGAGGAGGAGGGACUGAAGCGUGGCUCUAUCGGCACCGGCCUCUUCCUCGGCCUGGGAGGAGCAAUCGCGACAGGCGGCCCACUCGGAGCUCUGCUCGGCUACCUCAUCAUCGGCGCGCUCGUGUGCGCGGUCCAGUUUGCUGUCGGUGAAACCUCGGCACUGCUUCCGAUCACUGGCAGUUUUGUGCGACACGCCGAGAUCUUUGUCGACCCCGCGCUCGGCUUUGCGAUGGGAUGGACAAUGGUGUACGGCAACUGGCUCUCGGUCCCCGGCGAGAUCAGCGCCAUCUGCGUCAUGUUUGCUUACUGGACCGAUGUGACGCCGGUCACGUGGUGUCUCGUCUUCAUCUUCCUGACUGCAGUCGUGGCACUCGCGCCCGUUGGCGUCUUUGGCGAGAUUGAAUUCUUCUGCGCGAUCCUCAAGAUCUUGCUGUUCGUCGGGCUCAUCAUCUUCGGACUCUGCACCAACCUCGGCGGCGUACCCGGCGUUGAGCGAGUCGGCUUUCGCUACUGGAAGCACCCCGGUCCAUUCGUCGAGAACAUUGCUACCGGCGCCUGGGGCCGUUUUCUCGGCUUUUGGAGCACCCUCAUCUCCGCUGUCUUUUCUUUUUCCGGUAUGGAAUCCGUCGCAAUGGCUGCAGCCGAGACUAGGAACCCCCGGGUCGCUAUCCCUCGCGCUGUCAAGCGAGUCUUUGCUCGGGUAACCAUCUUUUACCUCCUAUCUGUUCUGAUCGUGGGGAUGUUGGUUGCCUCGGACGACCCGCGCCUCCAGGGAUACGCCGACACGGCUGCGCAGAGCCCCUUCGUCAUCGCCGCGUCCAAGGCCAACAUUCAGGCGAUCCCGCACAUCGUUAAUGCCGUGGUGAUCACGAGCGCGUGGUCGUCGGGUAACCAGGCCUUGCUCUCGGGUAGCCGUGUGCUGUUUGGCCUCGCUGUGAAGCGCCAGGCGCCGCGCAUCUUCCUGACGACGAACCGCUGGGGCGUGCCGUGGGUCGCGGUGUGCACUAACAUUCUCUUCUCGUUCUUGUCCUUCAUGACGCUCAGCGACAAGGCGAUCAACGUUUUCUACUGGUUCGUCAACCUCGUCGGAUGUGGUGUCCUCAUCUCGUGGUCCGUCAUUCUGCUCAACCACCUGCGCCUGCGCAUGGCGAUGCGUCGCGCGGGGAUCAGUCGACACGAAAUGCCCUGGUCAAACAGUUGGACGCCAUACGCGUCGGCGUUCGGCCUCUUCUUCUGCGUCAUUCUGCUGCUCACGAACGGGUACACCACCUUCACAAAGGGUAACUGGGACACAUCAACGUUCAUCACGGCGUAUCUCGAUAUCGGGCUCAUCAUCUUCAUCACGAUCGUGUGGAAGGUCUUGAAGCGCACCAAGUAUGUGCGGAUUAGCCAGAUUCCGCUGCAAACAAUCUUCGAGGAUGUUCACCGCAAGCCUCUGAAUGACGAGCCAGAAAAGCCGUCGAAGGGCUGGAUCCGUUUGAUUAGCUGGCUGUGGGACUAG